AUGGCUUUUCAAAAAGCUAAUCACGUCUCAACUCUUGGCUAUGCCUACCUGCGAUUUUGCAUUAAAACGAAAGCACUUGACUUUGAAUCAUCCAACAUUUCAUUUAAAGCGUUUAGGAAGGUAAUGAUGUUAAAUUCAAUGACCUUACUGAUUGCUCUUAAACAAUCUAAUGACUUCACGGGAAUUCGCUUUUACCUGAAAGUUUGGUGA